UCCUCAUCACUCGUCACUUCACACUCUUCCAUCACGAUCCACCUCCAGCAAAUCAGACACAAUGGCGUGGAUCCAGUUAUCCGAAGAAUCGAAGGAGCGCAUCGGCCGCAUCAUCGACUUCUCCCGUGUAGCAGUCCACUACGGCUACCUCCCCCUCAUCAUCUACCUGGGCUACACGCGGAGUAAUCCUCGACCUUCUCUCAUCAGAUUGUUCUCGCCGCUUGCGCAAUGAGCGUAGUCUUGGAUCGAUCCGGUUGAAAGAUGAGGAUACCGUCAGCGUUCUGUACGAUGUGAGAAGGACACGGCGGAAGGAAGGCGAAAGAAGCACAAAAAGAGCUUCAUUGUAUCAUACAGGCAUAGCAAGGCGUUGAAAGAGACAACCUAGUCCUUGUGCAGCAUGGAGAGACACGCCGCGCCAGCAAGUGUACUCAACAAACAACACGAAUCUUUUCUCCCUCUCUGCAAACUGUCAUCCCACCCUCUUCCUCUUCGCACUGCGCUCCCUCCCCUC